AGCUUUCGGCAACGUGGAGUUGUCGACGAGGUAGUGUCCCUCUACUUUCUCCCGUCAUUUAUAAAGUUCGACUCGUAUCUGUUGCUCGUUCAGUUGUUCCCGUCAACACGUGUCGAAACAUUACCUAUAUAGCAAUUAUCACUAUCAAGAUUACUUUACUUCAAGUAGUUUUCAACGCAUACACAACACCCCUACUGCCUUCUAAGGUCGAACCGAGAUUCAAUCGUACGAGAUUCAGUCUCCUUUACAUUGAUCAGAGACUAAAACAAAAAAAAAACAUGCGAAAUCGAAAUAAUCUCUGGAUUGUAGUCUUCCUCAUUGCAGUGCUUUUGCAGAACAGUUUGUUAGCAAUUGUAAACACCGAAGACUCCACGACAAAGAAACAGACUACUUCGUCGCACAGAGAGCAAGAAAGGAAACUUCCGGAUUUAGAAGGAUCGGAAACUUCGUAUUACAACGUGUUUAAGGUUCAAAAUCAUUUCUCUGGUUCCUAUCGCCCGUCUGUCUAUCAUUCUCCAAAUCCGACGUUUUCAUACUUUCCAUCUUCGCUGGACUUCUCAAAUUCCAACUUUCCUUUCAUUUCUGGUCAAAAUACGAGCAACGAUGUUCAUCAACAAAUUAAGUGCGGCGACACUUUUCCCAAAGUUUGUCAGCAAUCGCGAUAUCGAAGUUAUGACGGUUCUUGCAAUAAUCUUCGAAAUCCUACUUGGGGUCUGGCCAAUACAAGAUAUGGAAGACUCAUACGUCCGCGUUACAGCGAUGGAAUUCGAGCACCGUCGGGAUCGAUCAUUGGAACAGAUUUGCCGUUGGCUCGGACCGUCAGUUACACCAUGUUCCCGAACAGCGAUGUCGACGACGUAGUAUGGACUCUGUUAGCGAUGCAAUACGGACAGGUCAUAACGCACGACAUGGGUUUGAUCGAUGGCACGACUCAAUCGAAAUCGCACAGCACACAAUGUUGCACGUUUGACGGUCAGAUAGCACCAGACUUGGCGACGAUGCCCCAAUGUUUCCCGAUACUGAUACCUGAUGACGAUCCGGUGUAUAGCGUGUCCUCCAUACGGUGCCUGAACUUUGUCCGUAGUACGACCGACCUUGAUCGUAGAUGUUUGUCUCCGUACAAGUCACACACGGCGGAACAGAUAAAUAUAGUCACUCACUAUCUGGACCUCUCACUCGUUUAUGGAUCGAGCGAUGAAGUUGCCGCUAGUUUACGGGCCGGUUUCGGCGGUCGUCUGAAUGUGGAAUUGAAGCAUAACAGAGAAUUUCCACCAUCGGCACCUAACAAAACUGCUAUAUGCGAUACAGUAUAUGAAUUCGAGCCAUGCUAUGCUGCCGGUGAUAUGCGAGCUAAUCAAAAUACACAGUUGACGAUCUUACAUAUUAUGCUGCUCAGGGAACAUAAUCGCAUUGCUGAUUAUCUAGCGCGUUUGAAUCCCCACUGGAUUGACGAAACAAUAUUUCAAGAAACGCGCCGGAUUGUUAUCGCCGAACAUCAGUACAUCACGUAUUACGAAUGGCUGCCAAUCUUCUUAGGUACGAGCCAAGUCUAUGCUAACCAAAUUACUUACAAUACUCAGAAUUUCGUGAAUGAUUAUGACGAAACAAUCAACGGGAACGUGCUAAACGAACACUCGAAUGCAGCCUUCAGAUAUUUUCAUUCAAAUAUAGCUGGUUUACUUAACUUAGUGUUGGAAGAUCGAUCCUCCUUCGCUGCUCUGAGAUUGAGCGAUCACUUUAACAGACCUGGCAUUAUAGAGAAGGGCAACAAUCUAGAUGAUUUGACAAGGGGUUUCACAUAUCAACCACUAAAAAAUACCGAUGUAUUUUUCGAUAAAGAGAUUACACAGUUCUUGUUCAGAAGAGGAAAGAUCCUCGGGUCUGACCUAAGAGCGAUAGACAUCCAAAGGGAUCGCGAUCAUGGGCUCGCUUCAUACAAUGAUUAUCGCGAAUAUUGCGGACUAUCACGAGCGAGAACUUUCAAUGAUUUUGCUGACUAUAUAUCUCUUUCGGAUAUACAAAAACUCGCCACGUUGUACAUUAGUCCAGAUGACGUCGAGCUAACUGUCGGUGGAUCCUUGGAGAAUCAUGUUAACGGAGCGCUAGCUGGACCGACAUUCUUGUGCAUUAUGUUAAGACAGUUUAAACAAACGCGAAUCGGUGAUCGUUACUGGUUCGAAACGGAAGACUCGAAAAUAGCAUUUACUAUAGAACAAUUGAAUGAAUUACGGAAGUCAAGUAUAUCGCGACUACUCUGCGACAACGGAGACAAUAUUCAGCAUGUGCAAAGAUCAGGAUUUCAACAAAUCUCCGAAUUAAAUCCGCUUAGAAGAUGCGACGAGCUCCCGCAGGUAGAUCUCUCUCUCUGGGAGGAUUAUGCUCCAGAGAGCCAUGGUCAUACAUAUCGUACUACACCGUUAUACAAGAAGAGAUGAGCCUCUCUUCCUACCCCACAACUAUAGAGAUACCGGAGAAAACAUUCUUUGGUGAGAAAAUACUUUGGUGAAUAGGAGCAAAAAUCACAUUUGAUUCAAUUUGAAUGGCUAAUAUUUCAUGUGUCGUACAACAAAUUUUUUAAGCAUGUUAAUUGGCUGCAGGAUAAUAGUUAUUUGUGUAACAAGUGCGGGAAGUUGAGAAUUGGACACGAGUGCGGUCAAUAAGUAGGGUCACAUCGAAGUCAAAUUGUGUAAUUAUGGUUUACAGCAAAUGCUCAAAUGUACUACCAUUCUGUUGGAUACAUAAUUGCAACCCAAUAACUUUCAAGCCUUGUAACUCGAAAAGUACUUCAUGAAAAAAUACUCAAAUAUAGGGUUUUGAAAAGCUCUUUAGGUAAGCUACAAGAACAUGUAAUAAAAAAUAAAGAGUUCCAUUUAAAAAAACAAAGUUGAACUCCAUAUGACCUCGGCACGUUCACUCAAGGUCAAACCAAUGACACCAUCUUAUGUCCCCCUUCGAACCAAACAAAUUUGUCUGAAACGUUUUUCCGUAUCUUUCAUAUUUUUCGAGAUAUUUGCCUGGGGCGAUUAAAAUGAAACACCCGGUAUAUGUAUAUACAUAUAUAUACAUAUAUAUAUACAUAAAUACGCAAGCGGAACACAAUACAAAAUUGAUAUGCAUCGUACGUAUAUCUAUAAAUAUGAUAAGUUAUUUGUUCGUAUAGCUGCAUCUUUGAUAUAACUGUUAUAAGAAGUGACUAUUAAAUGCGCUUAUAUACGUUAUAUUUUGUAUGAAAACACUACAAAAUGCCUUUGUGUAUUGCUUUUGUAAUUGGCACAUGUUUCUACUGGAAUACAUAAUAUUAUAAUCUCA